AUGAUUAUAUUUAAUUUGGAAUCAUUAAGAAAAGAAACCAAUUAUGGAUAAACUCAAUUGCAUCCCAGAAUUAUCUCUUAUCCAAAUGAAAACAUCAACUAAAUACUCCCAACUAUAAAUAUGAGAUACACACCAUAUUUUAGUGAUUAAAUAGAUGAUGCUGGAUGGGGUUGUGCUUGGAGAAGUAUUUAGAUGAUGUUAUCUUCUUAAUUUAACAUAACUCCUGAAUUUAGAUGGUUAUUCAGCUUCUUUGGAUCAAAAGUAAUUUUAGAAAAAAUUUAUAUGCAUAUGAACCAAGUUGAUUAGGUUCCUCAGUAUCUUUCUAAUUCGUAGUAUGCACCACAUGAUUUAGGCAAUGGAUGGGCAGAACCAUACAUAGGCCAUCUCAUUUUAUAUUAUAUGGGAUUCGAGUCCAAAUUAUUUUUAAUCAAUGGGUAUCCUCCUCAUUCCAAUGCUCCAAAAGAAGUAUUUGCAGAAACUUUUUCGUUCCCUUAAUUUAAGUAAUUUUUAUAAGAGCACUUCACUCAAAGAAAGUCCCCAAUUCAAAUUGAUGAUUCAAAAUACAGUAUGGUGAUUUAUGAUUAUAAAAUUGAUGGUGAUAAUACAAUUCUGUUUAUUGGGGAUCCACAUAUCUAUUACAUUUAAAAUAAUCAUUAGAAAAUCGGAUUAUAUACUGUUACAUUAAAUGAAAAAGGCGGUUAAAUUUCUAAUUCUAUUACUCCCGAUUAAGCAGAGUUUUAUAUGUAUGCAAGUUCUUAUUAAACUCUACAUUUUUAUGAGAAAAAUUGGAUGGCAACUUGCAUAAUGAAAAGUUAAGAUGUUUGGUUAGAUUGGAAGGAAAGAUAACUGAUUAUUUGA